AUGUCCAAAUGGAAUUCCUUCUGGAGCUGGUGUGGGAGAUUUGGCGCAAAGGUAGCUAACACAUGGAUCCUGGAAAUCGCUGCUAUUUCCUUUAGCAUCAUCUGCCUUCUGACAUUGGUGGGCGUCUUAUCAUCGGCAGCAGGCCAAGAGAUCCAAUCCUGGAGCGGCGUCACCUUGAACACGCUGGUGUCUCUUCUUGCUACGGCUUGUAAGCUGAGCGCUCUCUUUGCUCUUGCGUCAGCCAUCGGCCAGUCGAAAUGGAAUUCCUUCUCACGCGGACCGCGGUCACUGCUACAAUUCGAGACCAUAGAUCUCGCCAGCCGGAGUGUAGUCGGAUGCUUGCAGAUGGUGUUCCAGACACGAAUCGCGUUCCUCGGAGCCAUCGCCUUCAUUGUCGCGUUUGGGUUUGACCCCUUCGCGCAGCAACUUGUGCAGUACAAGACUUUUGUGGAGUACACGCCUGGUGGCAACGCUUCUGUACCAUUUGCGCACAGGUAUAGUCGAGGUACCCGCACCGAGGUGGGAGGGACACUCCCUCCCCGGGCGAACGCCAUGGCAGAUUUUGCGCUGCAAGCAGCCACGAUGAACGGUCUCGUCCUCCACCCUGAGGCUAUCUCGCAACAGCUCGCUGUAACGUGCACAUCUGGCAACUGCACAUGGCCACCUGUGGACUCGCUGGCUGUUUGCAGUCGGUGCAGUGACAUUACUGAACACAUUGAGACUACGGAAGAGAAGGAGGGAGAAGCAGCGUUGUGGCCGUCCUUGUCCCAAGGCGCUCCUCCAAACAUGUUUUGUCGGAAUACAACAACUCAUACGCUGCCGAACCAGCUCUAUAUUCAGAACUGCGAUGAAACACCCGCUUAUGUGCCAAUGACGAUGUUGAGUACUGCCGAUCCUGCAAUGACGGUCAGCAUGAAGGGUAUGGACACUCUCUUCUUCUCGACUGCGGUACUACGCACGAGUUCUCAAGUCAAUGCCUCGGCCAUUGACUGGUCCGAUACUCCCAUAGCAGCGACAGAAUGCUCGCUCCGCUUCUGCGUCAAGACGUUUGAGACGAAUAUCACGAACAACCGUAUAUCAGAGCAUUCGCGGGAAAUCUUAGCUGUACGAUCGCCUCGCUCGUGGGUGCAACUACAUGGCGAGUUCAAUGAUCGCCUAGACUUGCCUGAGGGUCAUGCUUCCGACGACUUGCAUUACGACAGUGUGAAUGCUUCUAUCGACCGCACAGACCUAAUGCUUGGCGACCAGUACAACAUCUCUCAGGAGGCAGUCUACGGCAUCGGCUCUUUCUUCAGGGAUCUCCUCAGUGUCAAUCUCACUACGAAAAACUCAGAAGGGGGAAUCGAUGGUAGAAUCAAUGGUUUCUACAUGAAGGACAGACAAUCCCAGCCCGCUAUUGCCGCAGUCUUGUACAACAGCUCGGACCUUGGCGCGACGUUCGAAGCACUUGCCGCCAGCAUGAGCAACGCCAUACGUGUUGGAGGAGAUGACUCUUUACAACACCCUGGCGAUGACGGCCGCUUGGUCACCAAAUACCGCAUCGACUGA